UGUCCAAGUACCACAGUAACUUGGAAAAAUACAGAAUGUUUUUUGUUUUAAGAAUGUAUAAUUCUGGAUUAAGUUGCUUUCGCUUCAGUUAAACAAUGCUUAGUAUUUCAAUGAAGCCCAUCAUUGAAUUAGCGUCUUAGCAAAUCGCUAAGUCAUCGAACCUGAAAUAUGUUAUAUUAAUGGAUAUGAGGUCAGUAACAUUCACAUGUUAAUUGUCAACAUGAAGAGAUUACAUGCUGGCGGCUAUGCUCAGGACUGCACUGGGCCCUGCACACAUACAUACCAAUGAUGAUUUUUUUAAUUAUGGGUGGGGGGAGGGGGAGUUUUGGUGGGCCACAGACUCAUCAGGAAAAUGUGAGUACAGCGAAUGGCCAGUUCGGUCAUGGCCACGCUGGCUUGUUUUAGAGCAGCUAGCCUGCAUCAUUUGCCUAAAUUCAGGAAUUUGUAUUUAAAACAUUUAUUAUUUUUGUUAUCAGCACUAUGUCAAUGUUAAACACAACAUGGUAAACAAGAGGUUAAACUUUUUAUGGUUUUUAAAUUACAUCUAAACUUACAGAUUGAGUAUUUCACAUAAUAUGACAUUUUAUUUUCAUUAGUGUAUAGUUUCCUCACCUUAAUUUGGUGAUAUUUUGUCUUAUGCUGUUUAAAUAAUUGAUUUGUGAUCUUUUUUAACAAUGAACAUUUGAUUUUUGUUUGUGUUUUUCGUCUAGUUUUUUCGUGAGAAAAAAUGUAACUAAAAGCACUUAAAUACUGCAUUGCUAAUCGAUCAUUUUUCUAUACUGGUUAUUUCAUUGCAUCAACCAAUACAAAUGAAGUAAACACAAAUGUUAGAUGUAGCAAAAAAACACUUCCAGUUUCAAUAGAUCAACAGGAGAUGUAGACAGACACAGAGUGGUGUGCUUUCCGGCAGCUGUAGAGUACAAAGUUCAGGUUAGCAGUCAGUAUUUACAUUUUUAUCAUGACUUUUUCUCCACAAAUGUAAAUGCCCUCCUUCCUUUUCAGAGGAAUCACACAAAAACAAAUAUUUCAGCUUAUUAAUAAAAUACAAUAUUUUGGGCACUUCUGUUACCAAUAAGACUGAUCCCAAAGACAUAAAGAUACAUUCACAUAUUCGUAGCAAAUAAUAGCUAGUUAAACACAACCCCCCCCCCCCCCCCCCCCAGUGUUUACCAAUGUGACACACUGUCAAGUUCAUUGGUGAGUGAAAUUUUUGACCGUUCCCAAAGUUCUGGGUGUUGCUGGACUGCAGACUGUAUUAACAGUUACUCAGGUUCAGUCAAAGUACAUUAAAAUAUUAUGUCGCUUUUCAUUGAAGGGGGUAUAGCAUUCAGAUGAAAAAAAAUGACCAAGGCAUUUGGGAUUUCUGUAUUUCUGUUCCUCCAACUCUGUUACCAUGCUGACAGUUGUCCAAAAGGAUGUCAGUGCUUCACUCCAUCAAAAGUCUUCUGCUCAGAAGAUGUUCUCAAGGACAUGCCCCAAAACUUAUCCUCUGAUGUCCAGGAGUUGGUAAUCAUGACGACAAGCAUAAAAUGCAUCCACCCAGAAUCCUUCCCACUAAACUCCAGCCUCACGAAGUUGAUGCUCCUCAACAAUCUCCUCAGUGGUGUCUCUGAGAUGGCCUUCAACCCAUUGGUGGAGCUGAAAGAACUGGAAAUCAGCGGCAACCGUAACUUCAAGGUGCUUGGCACAGAAACCUUCAAAAGGCUGGGCAAUCUUACCAAGCUGCUCCUCAACUACAAUCAGCUCAAGACCCUGGAUGACAGCAUAUUUGCUUCACUACAGAAGCUGGAAAUCUUACAACUAAAGGGCAACGCCAUCAAUCACCUCCCUAGGCCAUUAUUCCACCGCCUCCUCUGGCUCCGUUCCUUAGACUUUUCCGAAAACAAGAUUUUAACACUGGAUAAAGAUCUUUUUAAUAGCCUCCUUGUGCUAGAGACACUCAGAAUGAACCACAAUGUGAUAAGUGUUCUCCAUCCAGACACAUUCAUCAACACGCCUCGUCUAAAAGAACUUGGACUGCAGGGGAACAGAAUUGAAGAUCUUCAUUUGAACCUCCUAUCAGGGCUGGAACACCUAAACAAGCUUCACCUUCGAGGGAAUCUCAUCACCAAAAUAGCACCAGGGACAUUCCCACCAAACCUGAAAGAGCUGAAUCUGGAGGACAACAGGCUUGUCGAACUCUCCGUUGGAGUUUUCCAACACAUGUCAUUCCUCGCUGACUUGGUUCUGACCAAAAAUCGGCUCUCCACUAUUCCAGAAGAUGUGUUUAGAAACCUAACGAGCUUGCAGCACCUCAGCCUCUCUGCGAAUCAUCUCCUAGCUCUGCCACCAGCAGCUUUCACUGGACUCUCUAAUCUGAUAAGCAUUCACUUAGACAAAAACAACAUUAGCAGUUUGGAGGCAGAGCUGUUUGAUGAUCAGGAAAUAAUGGAGAAGCUCUACCUGUCUGACAAUGAGCUGCAGACCCUCCCCGAGGGGUUUUUUAUACCCUUAAUCUCGCUUCGCGUUGUUCGCUUGCAUGGCAACCCCUGGAAGUGCGACUGUCACAUGCACGAUUUCCACGAUUGGUUGACAGAUGCCAAUUUGCCGAUGUCGGACGUGGAGAAGAUUUCCUGUGCGAAGCCGAAGUCCUUGAAAGGGCGUGGCCUGGUCUUUCUGAACCGGGAGCAGCUGGUGUGCCCUGAAAGCGCAGUAAACGAUCAUCCUGUGUCUACAGGAGACAAGAGGCACAGAACGAAGAGCUGCUCCCUUCAUGAAAUGAACGGAAAGGUCUCCAUACAGUGCGCGGUGCCGCGGUGUCCGGAAGUCAAGUUAGAAGUUCAGUUUUCCGAUGAAGAUGGCAGGAGACUGACCUUCGCCGAUGAACAGAAGCGGUCAAACUCCACCCAAUGCAACAAUACCACCAUCAUUCUUAACUUUUAAUCUGCAUCCUUUUAACAUUUUAACCGUCCCUGAACAUAUGAGUAAGAUAGACCUGUGAACAAAACAUUCACAUUGAACUCUAGUGAUGGGAGAGUGUUGUUGUAGCCUUGGGGAAGAAGAUCUGAACCACUUCAGUGAGGUAUUCUGUAGCAUCAGUGUAAGUCUUACAAAAUGAAACAAUGUUCCAAUAAAAUCAAUCAUGCUUUUUCAACGAAAAUUAUUAGGUUAUUUCCUUAGCAUGUCACAAUUUUAAUAUUUUGACUAAAUAAACAGAAAAGUAUGAAACUCUGAACAGGAAGUAUGAAAAAUAUAACAAUAAAAAUAUAAGAUAGAGGUAUAGACAGAUUUUGAGACUUAUGUCACUUUUAAGUAACUUUAUGUCGUAAUAUAUGUUUCUGGUCGCAACCAGUAAAACGAGUAACUCAAUGAA